AUGUCGGUCGCCGCCCGCCGCGGCCGCAGCAAUAGCUUGCUCAAGGUCGAGAACCUGCGCACAUCCAACGACGAGGUCCUUGACCAGGAUGCGUACACCAACUUUAAUGCAGAGUGGGUUAACCGCAAAGGCGCAUGGUCCAUCCACAUUGUCCUCAUCGUGCUCGGCAAGAUCGUAAUAGACACCAUCCCUGGAAUCACUCAGAAUAUCAGUUGGACGGUCGUCAACUUGCUUUACAACGCUCUGUCCUACUUGAUGUUCCACUAUGUGACCGGUAUCCCAUUCGGCAACGAACUUACGGCCGGCGCGUACGACGACCUCACCAUGUGGGAGCAGAUUGAUGGCGGAGCACAGUACACUCCGGCGAAGAAGUGGCUCUUCACCGUACCCGUCGGCUUGUUUUUACUAUCAACACAUUACACGAACUACGACCCCAUACUCUUUGCUAUCAACCUCUCAGCACUAGUAUUCGUACUGAUCCCAAAGCUUCCCGCGGCGCACCGCCACAGACUGCGCUUCCUGCCCGCGGAUGGCAUGGACUCGACCCUUGGCACGCCCACCUCCAGCAAUUUCCCCUCGGGCAGCUCGACGCCGGCGGAGGGUCUUGUCGGCGUGCCUCCGCCGCGGAUCCACGUAACCGAGGCUCAGUUCCGCUGA